AUGAACCCCUCGUUCCACACCACCGAUCAGAUGCACGAAGGGCUGCCCUUCUACUCUGAAAACUAUCUCGAGCUUCAGGACUGCUUCUUGGCGAACGGUCAAUCUCCCAUCCAACAGUAUGCCCCAAACGGCCAGUACAACGAAUACCACGCGGAACCCGUCCAGGUCCCGGCCCUCGUUCCUGUCCCCGUUCGGCAGUUCCAAGUACCCUUCAUCCCUUCCCCACAGACUCUUCACCUGCAGAACCCAGCGCCCCUCCCACUUCCUCCGCUUCAGUACACCCACUAUCCCGAUGUGGCGGGCUAUACGGGAUCGAUGUACGGGAUGGGCCACUUCCCGUACCCAUUCUAUCCCCUCGAGGCACAACUAGCAUCGGCUCCCCAUUCGGAGGUCGACGCGCUCUCUGCGAUGGCGGCGCUGUCUCUCGAAGCCGCGGCUAUGCACACGGCCACCACCACCACCACACCCCCGGCCCCUUCCCCCUCCGCGCCUACAUCUGUCGUUCACGAGCAGGCCGGUCACCAGGAUGUGACUACCGUCACCGGCCUGCCAAGGAUACGCACAAAUGCGCACUACCGCUUUCGGAACCUGCACCGUGGACAGCUCUCCUCGCACGGCUCGUCCUCCAUGCCACCGCACUCCCCGUCUCCCUCGUCGUCGUCAUCGUCCUUCCCAUCGUCCCCGUCCUCGUACGCAUCGUCCCAGCCACCCUCCACUCCAUCCUCUCUCUCGGCACACUUUGCCUCCUCACCCCCACCCCCAUCCCCGUCGACCUCCGCGCGCCCAGGCGCGCGCGUCCCCUGCCCACACGACCCCGCCUGCCCCGCCCGCUUCUCCCGCCCGCAAGACGCGUGGCGGCACGUCGAGUCCGUCCACCUUCGCACGCCCGAGGACUGGCUCUGCUGCGGCCUGCCCGUCGCGCUCCGCGCGUGCGCGCCCGGCGAGCCCGCGGCCGAGUACAACGGUCUGGCCGUCGCCGGCGGCUGCGGCGCGGAGCACUCGCGCGUCGACGCGCUCCGACGCCACCUCGACGAGAACCGCGGCCGGUGCGUGGGCGACCCCGCGGGGCGGUGGAUGGUCGGGGUCCAGCGCAGGCCGGAGCUCGCGGAGGCGCGGCGGGCGUACAUGGUGCGGGCGCGCGCGGCGGGGCACGUGCGCGAGGCGAAGAAGGAGCGGCGGGGCGCGGGGCGGCGCCGGCAGUGA